AUGGCGGGACGCGCGCGGGGGGGGGGGCGAGGCGGCGUGUCAGACGGGGCUAGCCCCCCUUCUCUGGCCAACAGCCCAGUGGGUGAGAGGUCACUGCAGGGGCUGGGGGGGGGAGAGGGCGGCUUCUGCACAGCCCGGGCGUGUGGCACGUGCAAGGCGUGUACAGCCGUCGAGGGGGGGGGGAGGGGGAGGCGUGCAAAGGCAGCAGGGAGCCCCUCCCCACGCUCCCUCCCCGCCCCCGAGCUUUCAGGAGGGGUGGGGCCGGGCGAUGCGCUCCGAGACCCUGGAUCGGCCCCGCGACGCCAGUUCCCACGGCCGCCCCGUCCAACAAACCUUCCCUUCCGGGCGGGGCGGGGUCAGCGCCGCCCCGUCGGAGGAGCCAUAAGAGGAGGACGCGUGGCCGGCGGACGGGCUGCACGUCGCCGCUGUCGGGAGAGGAAGAGGAGGAGAUCCGGAGCAAGUCCCGGAUCUGUGCCCGCCAUCACGAUGCAGUGGGUGGUGAAGAUCUACCUCCUGGGCCUGGUACUGUCUCUUCUGUCUCUGCUCUUCGGGCUGAUGGGCUUCUUGGGAGACCUGAUGCCCUCACAUGGGCUGGACCCCUGCCUCCCUGGCCGCUGGGUGGAAUCGGAGGGCGGCAGCCUUGCGGACAGAGCCCCCCCAGGCCUCUCGGGGGACGACAAGCUCAGGACAAGCAAAGAGAUUGGCCCCUACGCAUGAGCCGAGGGGCUUCGCUGGCGGCAAACCAAAAUGGCACGGAUUAUGUGGGGUUUUUUGAGGGAUGGGGUUAACGUGGUUGGGGCUGGGUUUGUAUGUGCCUUUGCCAACCUGCCCUGGUGAAAGAGGGGGCUGGCAGCAGAAGCCCAGCUGGCCUGGGGGAGGAAGAUGCCCCCACUUGGGGAAGCCUCUGCACCCUGUUAAUUUGGAGAUUUGUGGGGCAGGUGUUGGAACCCCUGUGGAUUGAUAUGGAGACGUUGCCCUCAGCCCCACAGCAAGCCCAGACUCUGCAAAAGGGACACCUAUUGAUCUUCUGCUGCGGGACAUGGAGAAGAACACUGAGGACUAGUGACUUGGGGCCAAGAAUAUGGCUGACUUCUUCUGCUUCAUAGCCUUUUCCGAACACAAAAUGGCUUGAUUCUCAACAAACUGGGCUGAGUCACGCUCACUGAGCUCUAGACUCUUGGCUACACAGACAGAAAAGGUGUGCCCAGUGGCCGAGCCUGGCUGUUGGACGGACCUGCAUUUGGUGAAAUUGGGGUGCAGGAUUGGGCACCCCGAGCAAAAUUCUGGGCUCCCUUCAUAGAAACAUUUCCCCCUGCUCUUCGGCGCAAUAAUGGAUCUGUGUUCUCAUCCUGUGAAAGUCUGCUAGGAAUCUGUCUGCUUACCCCAAGGUUUAGCCAUGCUGUCGCCAGCCCACCUGCAAGCAGCAGUUGGUGGAAGAGGCCUGCUGGACUGUGGAUCAUUAUUAUAUUGCGGGAGGGGGUCCCUAACUCGUCCCCUGCAAGGGGGGGCAGCUGUGGGCAAGGCAACCCCAGGGGCUGGGCGGGGGGGGGGGCGUGAGAAGAGGAAGAGACCUGCCCCUGGUGUUGCCAGGCUUCCUGCCCUCCUUGAGGUGCUUCAAACAAAAUCCCUGUGCUUUUAAUAUCUGUAGUUUACGAAGACACCCCUAAAAGGAUGCUAUUUGGUCUGGAAGGAGCAACGGCAGCUGCAAAGGAAGGGCUCUCGCAUGCCCCCUGGUGGCAGCUGCUAAGAGUUUCAAUGGAAACAGCUAAAAGUAUUUUUACGGACAGACUUGGGGAAAUUCUAGCCCUGGGGUGAGUGGUUCAGGGGUGCCUUUUUGUGGUGCACCUCUUGGAUCUUCUGAUCUUGCUGGAAAAGCAGAAAGCUGUAUCCUAAAUUCUUCUCUGCGCCUCCCUCUCCGAAGAAAGAAGGAUGGACAUUUUAAGCCUGUUGAGCUGGCCUCUCCUGAAAGGGAACGUUCGUGAUUCCUUCAAUAAAUGGCAACUCUUUUUAAAUAAAUAUAUAUAAAACUCAAAA